AUGGCCGCUCCAUCGAGCGAACAGGAGGUACUGGAUGAAGAACCAGUCCUACAAGAUCAAUGGUACUAUCCCCAAGACCUAGAAAACGACCUCCAAGGCAUCAACCUACGCGAAGAUCAAAUCUGUGAAGCAAUCAACACGGCAUGGGAAUAUGUUCGCAUCGCGAUACCAAAUUAUACCAAUUGGAAUAGACAUAUAGCUUUCACACGCCUCAUACUGAUUGCCGUGGUCGCGGAAAUGCGUGGUAAUCUGGUAGAUGUGGUAGCCAAUGACAACAUACUAGGCUUCCAUCUCGAGGAACUCAUCGACACCGUCUUUGCUUGUACACCGGGACAUAAAGAUAUGGCACGCGAAUUCCGGUGCUUUCUGCUAUUCACAGCGCAGAAGGUAAGCGGCAGGCGCUCAUCUGACUUCUUCCGACGAUACGUCAACGCCCUUGCACACUCGCUGCAGAACUGGUUUAGGCUGCGUGACUGCGAUGCUCUCGCGCGGUUUUCAAUCGCUGGAGCCAUGGCGUGCAACGAUUGGGACGAGUUCUGGUUCGGAGAGGAGAAGUUGCAGAUUCUCAUGGAAAUAGCGGAGACGCAUUAUGAUGCUGUGGCCUUUUACAAGCAUCGUGCCGAGGGAGAAAUCCAUAAUACUUUUGGGUAUAUCGAUUCAGGCCUUCGCGUUGCUUCGUUUCAUCGAACCCGCGAGGUGCUAUGGCGCUUCGAGGUUGCUUGGGCACGUAUUCCCAGGUAUCAGUGCGUGCUCAACUUGAUUCGCAAUUUUGGGGGUCCACUUCAUAUGACUGCCAGACGAUAUCGAUUUGUCGAGGACGGUUUGGCGAUUGGAAAACCGGAGACUGAAAAUGUGGUGCACAAGACCCGUCAGAAUUUCAAGCUAUGGAAUCGUGUGGACGCUACACAUAUCUCCGAGUUCUCCCCUCCCAAUUUACCAACGCAACUGAAAUAUCUAAGCGAGAAAAUGGUGAAUGCUACAACGCUGCCGACCCUAUCACAAACCUCCUAUUAUUCUGGCGUAGUUGCUCAGAGGGACAGGUUGAUGUUACAUGGACUUCUUGAAAUGCUAGAAAUGGGCGAGUCUGAGAGAUGCAAACAUUGUCGUUAUCGUCAAUCAUACGGUGCCGAGGGUCUUGGAGUGUUUGGUGGUGUUGAAUUGUGCGGUUCCUGCAAAGAAGUGUGGCGAGAAUAUAUGGAGGAUCUUGCAGCUUGCGCAGAGAGUGUGUUUCCAGAUCUUUUGACUGUUAAGUCUCGAAAACCUGCUAGUACAGUAUCCUGA